AUGACAUCUACUCCCCCUAGCGAUGCCAGCGCGGGGAAGAAACGCCUAAGCUCAAAUUCACCACCACCGGCGAAGACCGCGAAGAGGAUAAGAACACGAACCGAGCGGUGGGAACGAGCCUGCCUUCCCUCCCCAAAGGGGUCGACAUCGUCGCCUGAGGACACCGGCCCUCCCAACCACCGCUGGGACGAAGACGACUUUAUGGAUAUGGACGACCAUCAAGAUCUGUGCGCCGCGGUCUGGGGUCUGAUGGAGGGCACCGAUGCCAACCCAAUACCGCCUCCCAGCGAAUCGACACAGUCCACUCCCCAGCAUACCGGAGCAAAGUCGACUUCGGAAGACUCCCAACCUGCCUCCUCUUCCUGGACCGAUUACGAGUGGAUACCCUUUGAAGAAUGCAACCGACACUUAUGUGAGAAAGCUGAAAACGUACAUGCACCGGCGCCCAACGUCCCGCCAGCUGAACCCAAUACCGACACAUACCAACCUGCCGGCCUCACUGAGAACUCGAGCCCUUCGUCGUUUUCCAUCAUCGUCACCCCAGACUUUGGCCAUGUUUCCUUUCCACACUCCCCAGAGCAAUUGGCGCCAGCAUCUCUCCCACCCAAGCCUGUCACUAAGCAGACAUGCUGCGAAGACAACAGCCCUCCAUAUGAACAACUUCCACCGCGAUCGCUCUGCAUCAAAACGACUGGCUUCGAAGAAGACAGCCCGCAGUACGAGCUUCCCCCUCCCAGCUCCCUUUUCAUCCUGACGAAUGCCCCCAAAGUCGGCAGCCAUCAACGCAUCCCACCCCUUCUCCAUCCAUUAUCCAGCUCUAUGUCGGCUUUCAACAAGGACAAUAGCUCGAACCCAAACGUCAACAGCAACACGAGCACUCACGCAGACGGCGACCCUCAAGGGCAACGCACAGAGGUGCACGCCACUCUGCUGCAGACUCGCGCGACCUUCGCUUCCUCGCUUCACGUCCUCGACCCCGACGCCGAGCUGAAGAAGUUUGAGGAGAAUUACGAGCCACCCAUGGGGACGGAGGCCGAAGCGGAGAUGCACCGCAUGCACGCAGAAAUCAGCUUCAUGUGGAGCGUCAUUCGGAAGGGUCGGCACAAGGGUUUGAAGAAGGAGGAGCAGGUCCCAGACACCUCCAAGGCGCCGAACGACGUUGCUGGAGAUGCGACGAUAAGUGAUGGACCCGGUCAAAAGAUAGCCAAGGUACUCGGAGGCAGCGUCGGAGAGUAG